AUGCCUCCUCAAUUACUUCCUGCUUCGGCAGCUGCUUUUGCACCAAGAGCUUCCUCUGUCAAUGUUGUGUUAAGUUCAAAGGUUGAGCCAUGGUUAACACAAACCUUAAAGCGUAUAAAUCGCAUAAAACGUCCUCUCAACAGUGUACCCCAGCACCAAAGAUGCUUAACAGAAACAUUAUCUUCCUCAACAGCGAUAUGGACUCUUGGAUCUUUGAUGCUAUCGAAAGCUCCGGAACAAAGACGCGAAGACUCAAAUCCAUUAGUUGAGGCCAUGUUCAACUAUCAACUCAUUCAUAUCGAAGCCUAUGUUGUCCAUGUAGAUAUGGUAUUAAGAAACGAGGUUGCCUAUAAACUUACUCCGGAUACGAUAGAAUCCCUGAUCGAGUAUCACAAGGAAGUGCAUUGCCUGGAUAUUGCGGCGAAUACCUACAACUGGUCGGAGAAGGAUCAGCAAGUAAAGAAAAUGCACGAGGAUUUCAUUCAAGCUAUCAACAAGUUCGUCUACAGAACUCAUGUCUCUGCUUUAGAGGGACUGGAAGAGGAUGGAGCUGGUGAAUUGUUAUGCGGUAAAAGUGAUGAAGUCAAGAACAACAUCAUGGGACUUUUCCUUCCUCUACUUCCCCCACCACCAAGGGUUGUCGAUGUGGUCAGACCUCCUACUUUGUUGCCUAGUUCACCAGCUGGCAUGAAUUGGUGGUCGCAACCCACGAUACCAGUAACCACAGCAGCUCCUGUUGACCCAUGGAGGAUGCUUCCUUCAAGUCCAAGUACAACAUCUUCCAUGUCCUCUUCCGAUACUCAAUCUUUGUGGGCAAAUGUGGGCUUAAGUGAGAUUCAAUUGCCUUCCCCCACACCAUCUUACAGCCAGCCAUUCACCACCGGCGGCCUUUUCUACAGUACACCACAAGUGAGUGCGCCAAUUUCCGCGCUUCCCUUACCAAGCAUGUUAGCACAACAACACUGCGGUAUUGGUAUGGGAUAUGGCGGAUUCGGUGGAUUCGGUGGUGGAUGGGACCGAUAUCAGGAGUACGCCACAACGAUGUGA